GCCGUCGACUGCAGUCGCUGGAUCAAAAAGAAUAAGUUCCAGCUCAGCGUCGUCCGCAAGCGCAAGCCGGAGACCCGUUCACCCGAAGUCGGCAUGGCACGAGCAGCAAGUACGGCGCAGUAUCAGCGCCACUCUCUGCAGCUCAUGUCCAGGGUGCUCAACAGCCGCCCCGACGCAUCACCGUUCACGCUCAUCCUCGAUGACCUCAGCCAGCGCGCCAUGCCUCUUGUGGGUGAGCUGGUGCGGCGAGGACUCUCGCGAAACGUCAACGUCGUGGUGGUUUCUUUCGAAGCGACACGAUUCCACCCCGCUGUCCGCAGUGUUUCUGCGUACGGCGACGAGACGGGCGAGCAGCUGCUGCAGGGCAUCCGCAAGGCACUGGGUGAGGCGAAGGAGAGCCUGGUCGUCGUCGACUCGCUGUACGAGAUGGUGAGUGUGAAGAACGUCGACAUGGGCGCGCUGUUCAAGCUCGUCGCGGGCGAGUUCGCGUCAACGCUCGUCGGCGUUUACCACCAGGACACGAUCCCGGACCAAGACGCGCACAAGGCGUACGCGCCGCAGCCUCUCGAGCUCUUCAAGUACAUGGCCACGACGGUCGUGACGUGCAGGUCGUUGGCACACGUGCUCGCGGCCAAAGCAGCCAGGGCGCGCAGUCUUCCGGAGCCCACGCACGGGCUGCUCCAAGGCGCCGAGGGCAUCGUGCAGUGCGUCGACGCCAACGACCGCGGCGGGAUCGUGCUGGAGGCAGAGUUCCGCCGCAAGUCCGGCCGCCCCGAGAGCGAGACGUACAUGCUGCGUGCCGCGCGGCGGGGCGACUACAACGCGCCGCUAGCUGGGAUGGCGUUUGGCACGCUGCGGCAGGAGUUUGUCACGCUGCUCGAGCUUGUGCCGGCAUAUGGCAGCGCCGAGGCCACGGGGCCUGUCGGCGCGGCGGCCAACGAGAUUGAGGCGACGUUCAGCCUGGGGCUGACGGACAAGCAGAAGCAGGCGCGCGAGGGCGUUGUGCUGCCGUACUUUGAUGCGCAGAAAGGCGGGGGUGCAGGCGAGGGAGGCCGUAUUCUGUACGACAUGGGUGAGGAGGACGACUUUGACGAGGAGGAGGAUGAGAUCUGA